UUUCUAUGAUGUAGCCACAAAGAGUUGAUGGAUGCAGCUUAACCACCGUUUUCCACCACCUGCAUUUCCAAUUAUUUUCUCACCAGCAAGGUCGUUCAUGAGGCCGGCGGACCCAUUGGUGGUAUUAGGUUAGCCAGCCUAAGACCAUUUAUGAAAUCGGCGGGGCUUCACCGCUUCAGCUACGUAGCCUACAACCUGUUUGACAAAAUUAGCUCAUCCAUCACCUCCGGUGAUUUCCUUCGGAACAAGCAAUCCGGAAAGCGUGUCUCGCGUAGCAACUGCUGCGAGGAGUGGUUGCAUGAGUGUUCUCGAAACACUUCAAGAGGAAGCAACCCCCCACCGGAAAACAAAAGAGAAGAUUCAAAUCCACGACGCGUUCGAGUAUCUACAUGCCUGCCUAAAUGAAGUCGCCACCCACCGAUCGCCGUGUCCUGACCCUCUUCCCCUUCAUUUUGGCUUCGGUUUUGAUCUUCGGAACCACGAGAUUAGUCACAGAGACAUCGAGUGCUAGCUGGAGUCGUGCCCUCCGUCGGUCAUUUCCGGCCAUCUUCAGCUCUGCAAGAAGAAAUGCCGCAGAACUGGACCAUGUUCUCGACCGCAGAUGCAAUCUCUUUGAGGGAAAGUGGGUGUUGGAUGAGCAUAAUUCUCGCCCUCUCUAUACUGAAGACAGCUGCCCCUACUUGACCAGGCAACUGACUUGCCAGAGAAAUGGGAGGCCCGACUCCCUGUAUCAGAAGUGGAGGUGGAAACCUCAUUCAUGUGACUUGCCAAGGUUUGAUGCUGUGAAGCUAUUGGAGAGCCUGAGGAACAAGAGGCUCAUGUUCAUAGGGGACUCGAUUCAGAGAACGCAGUGGGAGUCCAUGGUGUGCCUCCUCCAAUCUGGUGCGGCUGACAACAAGAAGUACCUGCACAAGGAUCCUCCAAGGAAAAUUUUUGUAGCAGAGGAGUUCAAUGCAUCAAUCGAGUUCUACUGGGCUCCCUUUAUCGUGGAGUCAAAUUCCGACCAUGCUACGAAGCACACGGUGCAGAAGAGGCUGGUCCAUUUAGACUCUAUUGCCAAGCAUGGCCGGAAUUGGAAGGGAGUCGAUGUCAUGGUUUUCAAUAGCUAUGUGUGGUGGAUGUACAAACCUCUCAUCAACGCCACAAUUGGCACUCUUGACAUCUGGCAGUACGGUGUCCCCACUGCAUAUAGAAUGGCUCUACAAACUUGGGCUAAAUGGAUUGAAUCCACCGUCAAUCCUCAGAACCAGAAGCUCUUCUUCAUGAGCUCAUCACCAACCCAUCUAUGGAGCUGGGAAUGGAAAGCUGGAAGCAGUGGGAACUGCUUCAACGAGACGUAUCCGAUCGAAGGUCCAUACUGGGGGACAGGAUCUAGCUUGGAUAUCAUGGGGGCAGUGAGAGAUGCCUUGCGAGGGCUCAAGGUAAAAGUGACGCUGCUGAACAUCACCCAGUUGUCAGAGUUCCGCAAGGACGGACACACAUCGGUUUACACCGAGAGAAGAGGCAAGCUUUUAACAAGUGAGCAGAGAUCGGAGCCCAACGUUUAUGCCGAUUGCAUCCAUUGGUGCCUGCCUGGCGUUCCAGAUACCUGGAACGAAAUAUUGUAUGCACAUUUGUUAAAUAGAAAGUCGUAGCUACCGAGCACGCUUGAAAUAUAAAAUGUAGGUGGGAACCGUGGUAAAAGAAUGCCAAAAAAAAAAAAAGAGGGUAGGGAAGAACCCUGAGGGAAAUGGCUUGCUCGGCAAAACAUCAUACAGCCCUUCAACCCCACUAUAAUUAUUUUUUUGGAGCCGGGACAACGAUAAAUACAAUAAUUAGGUUCCUGGAUUUUCCUUAUCAUAAAAGAUUAAGUUAUCUGUGCUUUGAUCUAAAAUUAAGUUAAUUUGUGCUUCACUUUUGAUUUCUGUCUAUUAAUCAAUGCUAGGUUCAUCUUCCUACCAAUUUUUAGAAUGAAAUUCCAAUUUCUCGGUCUCAGUCUUUUGAUACGAAGUCAUUCCCUCGACUAAGGCAGCCCAUGGGCAUCAUGUACCACUGUGGGCCCACUUUGCAGUCAAUACGGGUCAAGAUAUUUGUUAAUAUAAACACAGGUUUCGUUCAGAGGAAUGAAAUGUUCAAAUUCGACUUUGCCGAGUACUGGUUAUAUAGAAGUUGGAAGGGUUACAUGUCUAGGAGAGAAUGAAAGUUAUAUUGCAUUUCAUAUUUGUAGCAUUGCUGUUUAAUGAAAUAAAAGAUGCAUUUAUUAAA